AUGCCUUCUGUGUCGUCGUCACCGGAUCUGCCUGCAGAUUCCAGCUAUAUUGACAGCAUGCAUACCAACGCGGCAGGUACUGCUGUUUUAUAUUGGCCUCCGUGCUGUGCAGGCUGUUCACAGCCGAUUCUAGACCAGUUCAUCUUACAACUCCAAGGACACGUCUGGCACGCAGCUUGUCUGCGCUGCUCUGUGUGUAACAUACUGCUGUCCCACGUCUGCUAUUCCGGAAACUCACAGUUAUAUUGCCAGGAUGACUUUUUCAGAUUAUAUGGCGCGGGAUGCUCUUCCUGCACAGAGGCCAUGGCUCCGACUGACUUGGUGCGCCGGGCACACGAUAACGUCUAUCAUCUGGAUUGUUUCCGCUGCCGGGUGUGCCAGCAUGAACUCCGUACAGGGGACGAGUUUUACCUUUAUGCCGUAAACUCUGUCAAUGAUGUCUCAAAGUACGAUGCCAACAUCUGCGCGCAAAAUAACUUUGUCGAAAAUAAUUCCAUGGAGGCCGGAGCCCAACCAACUGAAGUACGAUCGUGGGUCAGAAAAGAAAGAACUAAGACAUCGCCCAAAGGAAGCCAUGGUGACAACAUCAAUGAGACCCCGAGCUCUCUGACGUCGCGAGUUGUGGCGCCGCCUGGUGGAUAUCCACUGCCAAUAGUGAACAGAGCAUCCCCAAGACAGCAGCUACCCGAAAGUGCAAAUCCACAUUCCAUACCCACACAGUCCCCGGAUCUCGAACCAGACAACAGAACGCCCUGGGCCGGGUGGGAAGACUUAUGGUCCAACGAUUUUGUGCCGCCGAACGUCAAUCUUGAACCAGAGAACCUCUCCGAUGGAGAGGUGGUUGGUUUUCGAUGCCAAAAUCCAGUAACAACUAUAUCUUCACAAGAAAUGCAGAAUAACAUAUAUUUGUGA